CCGAGACGAACUUUGGCGUCCGACGAGCACUUUGGAUUAGAAGGGGGCGGUCCCAGACCCAAGUUGGGGGGAAAGCAUCUUUGGGGGCAGAGAAGCGAACCCCUGCACGGAAAUGCGCUUUGCUCUGUAACAGGCUCCUCCAGCCUUUGUUCUCUACCCGUUCAUCCCACCACCCCCCCGCCCUUCGUCGGGCCGCCAGCCUGCCUUUGGGUACGGUAUGAAGGGAGCCAGUUUCCAGGAGCCAGUUUCCAUGGUUACCCACCACUUGGCCUUCUGGGAUAUCAGUCACUCUGAACAGGGACCUAACUUGAACCAUGAAUCAGAAGCAAGCACAGAAGAGAAAGGAUGCACGUCGCAGGAAGGAGGCACUACUCCAACUUUUCCUAUUCAAAAGCAAAGAAAAAAGCUGAUUCAAGCCGUGAGAGACAAUUCCUUCCUUAUCGUCACUGGGAAUACAGGCAGCGGUAAAACAACCCAGCUCCCCAAGUAUCUCUAUGAAGCAGGCUUUUCUCAACAUGGUAUGAUUGGUGUGACUCAGCCACGAAAAGUGGCCGCCAUAUCUGUUGCUCAGAGGGUUGCCGAAGAAAUGAAAUGCGCUUUGGGAUCAACAGUAGGAUACCAAGUUCGUUUUGAUGAUUGCAGCUCUAAGGAAACAGCGAUCAAAUACAUGACUGAUGGGUGUUUACUGAAGCAUAUUUUGGGAGAUCCAAAUCUUACCAAAUUCAGUGUCAUUAUUUUGGAUGAAGCCCAUGAGAGAACUCUUACUACUGAUAUCUUGUUUGGUUUAUUGAAGAAACUGUUUCAAGAUAAGUCUCCUAACAGGAAGGAACACUUAAAAGUGGUGAUAAUGUCAGCAACUAUGGAAUUAGCAAAGCUUUCUGCGUUUUUUGGAAACUGUCCAAUAUUUGACAUACCUGGAAGACUUUAUCCAGUCAGAGAGAAAUUCUGCAAUUUGAUUGGCCCACGAGACAGAGAAAACACUGCAUAUAUUCAGGCGAUUGUGAAAGUGACCAUGGAUAUCCAUUUGAAUGAAAUGGCUGGAGACAUCUUGGUUUUUCUUACUGGCCAAUUUGAAAUCGAAAAAAGUUGUGAGUUACUUUUUCAGAUGGCUGAGUCUGUUGAUUAUGAUUAUGAUGUUCAAGAUACCACCCUUGAUGGUUUGUUAAUAUUGCCAUGUUAUGGAUCUAUGACAACAGAUCAACAGAGGAGAAUAUUUUUGCCCCCUCCACCUGGAAUUAGAAAAUGUGUCAUAUCCACGAAUAUUUCUGCAACAUCCCUGACAAUCGAUGGAAUCCGGUAUGUGGUGGACGGUGGCUUUGUGAAGCAGUUAAAUCACAACCCCAGAUUAGGGUUGGAUAUCCUGGAGGUGGUUCCAAUUUCAAAGAGUGAAGCAUUACAGCGAAGUGGCCGCGCUGGGAGGACUGCCUCAGGAAAAUGCUUUCGGAUAUAUAGUAAAGAUUUUUGGAACCUGUGUAUGCCUGACCAUGUGAUCCCUGAGAUUAAGAGAACUAGUUUGACAUCUGUAGUUCUGACCUUAAAGUGCCUUGCCAUACAUGAUGUUAUAAGGUUUCCUUAUUUGGAUCCACCUAAUGAGAGACUUAUUUUAGAAGCUCUUAAACAACUUUAUCAGUGUGAUGCGAUUGACAGGAGUGGCCAUGUGACCAGACUGGGUUUGUCUAUGGUGGAGUUCCCUCUCCCUCCACAUCUGACAUGUGCAGUAAUAAAGGCUGCUUCUUUAGACUGCGAAGAUCUCCUACUUCCAAUCGCAGCAAUGUUGUCAGUGGAAAAUGUCUUUAUUAGACCUGUUGAUCCAGAGUACCAGAAAGAAGCAGAACAGAGACAUCGAGAAUUGGCAGCUAAGGCUGGAGGAUUUAAUGACUUUGCAACUUUAGCUGUCAUCUUUGAACAGUGCAAAUCAAGUGGAGCUCCAGCUUCGUGGUGCCAAAAACAUUGGAUUCAUUGGAGGUGCUUAUUUUCUGCAUUUCGUGUGGAAGCUCAACUUAGGGAGCUAAUCAGGAAGCUUAAACAGCAAAGUGAUUUCCCAAGAGAGACAUUCGAAGGCCCUAAACAUGAAGUACUACGAAGAUGUCUUUGUGCAGGCUAUUUCAAAAAUGUAGCUCGAAGAUCUGUUGGGAGAACAUUUUGUACAAUGGAUGGGCGUGGAAGCCCAGUUCACAUUCAUCCUUCCUCAGCACUUCAUGAACAGGAAACUAAGCUUGAAUGGAUCAUUUUUCAUGAAGUAUUAGUUACCACCAAAGUCUACGCAAGAAUUGUGUGUCCUAUCCGCUAUGAAUGGGUGAGAGACUUGUUACCCAAGUUGCAUGAACUUAAUGCUCAUGAUUUGAGCAGUGUGGCACGACGUGAAGUGAGAGAAGAUGCAAGGAGGAGAUGGACAAAUAAGGAAAAUGUAAAGCAGCUUAAGGAUGAAAUAUCAAAAGAGGUCCUAAAGAAAAUGCAAAGAAGAAAUGAUGACAAAUCCAUAUCAGAUGCACGGGCUCGUUUUCUGGAGAGGAAGCAGCAGAGGUCCCAGGACCACAGUGACACACGGAAAGAAACUGGAUAAACGGUCUCCAAAUCAGGAAGUAGGAAAAGCAGCCAGGAAAUGUGCUUCUGCCUUGCCAGUUAUUUCAGACAGCACUACCAAGAGGAAGUGGUCAGCAGCUUUAGCAGCCUACAAGUUAAAAGCCAAUCAAAGCUCAUCAAUACCCACAUGGAAUUUUGAUAGAAAACAUUGGGUUGCCAAAGUCAUAAGGCAAUGAAACAUAAAUGAAUGAAAGACAGUACAUGUAAUAUUUUCCUCACUUCAAUUUUGCUGGCCUUAACUGGUAUCAAAUGCUGUCAUUGAGAUAUUUUCAAAGAACAGUGAAUUGUAUUUAAUUGAUGUGUAUUCAUUUGCAUUGAGGCAUUAAAAUUAUUUUCCUUAAAUCUCUUCAAGACCUUCUUGUUACUGUUAGAAUAGUGUUAUAUCAGGUAUGUGACCAUUUCCUUCAGAAGGCUGAACCGAAGAGAUUUUUACUCAGCAAUACUUAGAUGUCUAACCAAUUAAUUGCUACAGAGCUUUAUAGAUAUUUAGAGAAAUGACUUAAUUGAUUAGUAAAUAAAAUUGUCUAUGGCAGGAUUCUUUCUUAAAUUAAUACUAAUCCUUUAAUUGAUUUUUCUGGGAUUAUACAAAUUCCUUUUUAUAUAAAAGUAUAUUAUUUAAAACAGUAGCUAUAGCCAUUAACCAAAGGACAGAUGAUAUAUAAAUAUAUAUAUAUAAUAUAUAUACAAGUUCUUUUUUAGCUGUACUAUCAGUACCAUGUAUGUGGAUAUGACAGUCCUCCGCCUGGCCUACUUUCUUGCCUCCAGCUGCUAGGGUAGGAUCCUUCAGACAUUCAUUAAUGCCAUUCUUCAGAUGGGAUUUUAAGUGCAGCCAGCACUACAUAAGUGGUGUUUGUGAUUUGAAUCUUGAGGCUAGUUAGCAUCCUACUCAGGCCAUAUUUAGCACUUGCCUAUUCUUGUUUACUGCCUUGUAUUCUAUCUAGUUCUUUGUGUAUCUGUCUCCCUCACUAGAGUAUACGCUCCUUGUGGGCAGGGACUAUGACUGUUUCAUAUUUGUAUCUUUCAUGGCAUCUAGCAUAGUGCUUUGCACAUAGUAUUCACUCAAUGUUUGUUAAAUAAAGCUACUAGUGUCAUUAAAAGUCAAA